GCCAAAAUUGACCGCUAAAUGGUCAGAAUCAGGCUUCGUAAAAAUCCAACCAUACCAAUAAAUAUUGAAGUGUUUGUCAUCAUCUUGCACUAUAUUUUAUCAUUCAAUCAACACCACGCUGAAGAUAUCAAACAAAACUCACUCUUACAAAUUUCAACUCUCAGGAAACAGAGGAAACAGAGAUGGUGAUGAUGAUGAACAUGGAGGAGCAUUUGCCACGAGAAUUGGUUUCCAACAUCCUCUUGAGGUUGUCUGCCGAGGAUUUGAUGAAAUCCAAGUGCGUUUGCAAAUACUGGUUCAAUCUCAUAACUGAUCCUCAUUUCAUUACAAAUUACUAUGUUGUUUACAACAACAAUCUCAUGCAGUUUCAGAGCCAAGAGGAGAAACUCUUCAUCAUUAGAAGACCCUUUCUUUCUGGGCUUAAAACUUACAUUUCUGUUCUCUCUUGGAAUAUCAAUGAUCCCAAAGGAAUUGUUUCCUCUGAAAUUUUGAACCCUCCUUAUGAAUAUGAUUCUGACUACAAAUACUGGACUGAAAUCAUGGGUCCUUGCAAUGGCAUAUACUUCCUAGAAGGCAAUCCAAAUGUCAUGAUGAACCCUUCUUUGAGACAGUUCAUAGUUUUGCCUCAAUCCCCUUCAUGUGGUUCUUUCACUGAUUAUGCUGGGUUUGGGUUUGACCCCAAAACUAAUGACUACAAAGUUGUUGUCAUCAAGGACCAAAUUGGGAUUUGGACAGCUGAGUUAUACAGCUUCAAUUCCAACUCUUGGAGGAAACUUGAUGCUGCUCUCCCACUUCCAAUUCAAAUCUGGGGUUCAUCUCGAGUUUACACUUUUGUCAAUAAUUGUUAUCACUGGUUUGGCUUUGUUGAUGCUUCCAAUAGAACAGGAGAUGUAGUUGUGGCAUUUGACAUGGUUAAGGAAUCAUUCAGGAAGAUAAAAGUGCCAAAGAUACGUUAUUCUUCACAAGAAGAUUUUGCAACUCUGGUUCCCUUUAACGAAUCUGCUACUGUUGGUGUUAUUGUGUACCCUGUCAGAGGAACCACAGAGAAAGGCUUUGAUGUGUGGGUGAUGAAAGAUUACUUGGAUGAAGGGUCUUGGACUAAGCAAUACACAGUUGGACACAAUGAAGUGAUGUACAAGCUUGUGGGGUUUUAUGGAAGCAAUCGGUUUCUAUGGAAGGACAGUGAUGAAAGAUUGGCGUUGUACAACCCUGAUUCUGAAGUAAAAACAAAGGAUCUUCAGGUUUAUGGAAGGUAUGAUUCAAUUAGAGCUGCUAGAUACAUGGAAAGCCUUGUUUCACUUCAAAGGGGAAAAGAAAGAGGUCACCAAUUUUUUUCAUGUAGUUUGGUUCCUGACCCUCUACUAAGUCAGGGUGAAUGAUUUUCUUUUCAGGUAGCUGCUAGAUUACUUGAAUUAUACAGUCUGAAUACCAAUUCUUAUUCUGAUUAUACUGUUCGUCUCCCACUUCCCUUUCAAUGUUGGGAUUUAAUCUCUAAAGUGUACACUUUUGUCAAUGACUGUUGUCAUUGGUUUGGGUAUGAUAUUGGACCCAAAAGAACAGAGGAAGAUGCGGUUCUCACCUUUGACAUGGUUCAUGAGUACUUUAGAAAGAUAAAAGUACCUAAAAUACGACAUUCAGAAAAGGAGUUGGCAACUCUGGUUCCCUUUCACGACAGGGCUACAAUUUGUAUCAUUGUGUACCCUGCUAAAGGACUGGACAAAAGCUUUGUUGUGUGGGAGAUGGAACGUUACUGUCUUGAUGAAGGGGCUUGGAUUAAGAAAUACACUGUUGGACAAGUCCAAGUCAUUCACCAGCUUGUGGGGUUUUAUGGGGGAAACCGAUUUCUUUGGACUGGAAGGUGCCGAAAGUUUGGGCCAGUAAGAUUGGUGUUUUUCAAGUCAGAUGACAGUAACACCGCAACUCAAAGAAGGGAUCUUCAGGUUUAUGGAGAGUCUGAUUCAAUAGAUGCUGCUACAUACAUGGAAAGCAUCAUUUCUCUUCGAAGGGGAAACGAAAUUGAUGGCCAGUGCUUUUCAUGCAGAUUGGUUCCUGAGUCCUGAUCAUCUACUAAAUCAGAAAAUUUAAGGAUCCCUUUGAUGCAUGGAUGGAGUUAGACAUUAACAAGAUUACUGGAGCAGAUAUCUCUAAUAAGAUCAGUGAUUCAGCUAUCAAGCCAUAGUUGAUUUUAGCUAUUUAGCAUGAGUUUUUUGGGGCCUGACUUGACUUUUAGUUGGAUAAAUUUUCUUUGAGCUAACUACAGAUUUGUGAGAGUCAUUCCAGGAUUAGUUUACUGUCUCAAAUGAACUAUUUGGUUUAUCUGAUCGAUCAAAGACUUGUUUCAGUUUCAUCAAUGUAUGAUGUUCAUUAACAUCAAAUGCCAAGACAUUUAACUACAUUGUUUUCAUGUUUACUAGUAGUCAAUUCGUCAAAGUUUUGUUGC